GUGCAUUGCGGUCACACUAUUUUCAGCUUCUCGACUAAUAAUAUUCAGGUCAGGUAUUUUUCUUGAUAUAUUUAAAUUAAACAACAAUAUGGCUGAUAACGCAGAGCCACUGACUUUGUCAAGGGAUGUCAAAAGAUCGAUAGAGCUCUUGGAAAAACUGCAGGCCAGUGGAGACUUCCCCACAACAAAACUGGCUGCCCUGCAAAAGGUGCUCAAUUCCGAGUUUAUGACAUCCGUUCGGGAGGUGUACGAGCAUGUUUACGAGACGGUGGACAUCCAAGGAUCCCACGAUGUGCGUGCUUCCGCCACCGCUAAGGCCACCGUUGCAGCCUUUGCCGCCAGCGAAGGUCAUGCACAUCCUCGGGUGGUCGAACUCCCAAAAACGGAGGAGGGCUUAGGCUUCAACGUAAUGGGAGGCAAGGAGCAAAAUUCGCCAAUCUAUAUAUCCCGUAUAAUACCUGGGGGAGUGGCUGAUCGGCACGGAGGUCUCAAAAGAGGCGAUCAGCUUUUAUCUGUCAACGGUGUGUCUGUUGAAGGAGAAAAUCACGAAAAGGCCGUUGAGUUGUUAAAGCAGGCCGUUGGAUCUGUGAAACUGGUAGUGCGCUACACUCCAAAGGUUCUUGAGGAAAUGGAAAUGCGUUUUGACAAACAACGUAACACUCGUCGCCGCCAAUAAAGCACAUUGGGAAAAACUUGAGCCAUAGUAGUUUUUGCCUUAAGAUCUUACUGUUAUUCAUGUGCGCGUAAUUCAAGCCCUAUACGAGUAAUAUAAUUUAAUACGAAUACCUUUUAGUUAUUAUUUAUUUAAAAAAUCUAAAAAUAACUCUUAAAUCGUAAAAAGUGAGUGUUAUGUAUUUAUACCUAAAGACCUUUUUUGGUUUUUGUUCCAAUAAAAGAAUAUGAAACAAA